UGUUGAUGAGUUUCCUCAAAGCGUUCGCAGACAAGGUUGCGCGUGCAGCGACCAACACUGGUCCGCCAACGCCAGGCAGUGGCAGCAGCAGCAGCAGCAGCAGUGGCAGUGGCAGUGGUGCUCCAAGCCAGCCCCAGCUUCAGUCUGGCGCAGGGGCAGGAGCAGCAGCAGGAGCAGGAGCAGCAGCAACAACAGCGGCCGACCAGCGAGCGACAACGGCUGGAGCAUCCCAGUCCGCCUCUGCGCCCCAGCUCGCCGCAGCGUCUUCUGCGGGAUCUGCAUCUGGAUCGGCGUCGACCGCGCAGGUCCCAGCAGGGCGCCCUUCGCUGACGGCCGCUGGCGUCGCCGUCCCCGACGUUCCUGCAGCCGCGCUUCUGAAAGAUCCAUUGCAAGUCCAGAACUUUAAAAAGGCGUACGCACAAUUCCGACGCUUCAAGACAACUGAGGAACAAGAGGUUUGGCUCGACUCGAUCUUGCCGUUGGUGCUACGUUUCUUCACAGGCGUCUCUCCCGAUCAUGUUGGCGAAGUUCUCGGAGACGUGCGCACUCUCGUGAGUCUCACGGCCAGCCGCGUCGUCAAGAUUAUCAAGGAGAUUUUAGCAACUCAAUCGCGCGUGGGCGCCAGUGCAGCCAUUCUCCAGGCAUUCGUCCAGCAACCCGAUGGCUCCGCCUCGAGAGGAAACGUGGCGUUGCGCGCGUUGGAUAUUUUUGCUUCCAACAAGUCGUCCAACAUGCUCGACACAAUGAUCUCGACAUCGGCUCUGGCAUCAACGCUGGCGAAAGCACUGAGUGUGAUGAUUGAGCUUCCUCCUAUGCCGGAUGGCGCUGCGAAGAUCGCGAAUGGGUGUGCCAGUGAAAUUUCGAGUCUCCUCGUCAAGUUGUGCAAGUUCGCCACCACCGUCGACGAGCUGGUCAAAACGGACAGCUUGGUGUUACUUUUGCGUUCGCUUUUCGUCAGGUGCCCCCCGGCAAACCUCCGCUGGCGGAAGGCAUGCGUCGAUGUGCUUGUGAGCAGCUGCUCGCGGCCACACCUUGGCAACACCAUGAUUGAAUACUUGCGUGAUCGGGACUGCGUUGCUGGUGCUCUCAAGUGCAUUGUGGCAUCGCGCGAGCAGCAGCAACAACAGCAACAACAGCAACAUCAGCAGCAGCAGCAGCCUCCACAAUCACCCUUAUCAGCUCCGGCCUCGCCCUUGUCCCAUCCGGCUCAACUCGCCCAUCCAGCAUUUAGUACGACCUCGCUUUCUAUGAGCGACUAUGCCGACAUCCUGCGGGUCGUGUCUCACAUGCUGUUUGAGUCAUGCCAAAUCAGCCGGAAACUUCUCGACCAGUUCGCCUCACAGCAAGGUCAUUCUUUGAUUCACGAGCUGAUCAGCGCGUUUGACAGUGUGUUGACUGCUGCGCUUCCAGAAAAGUCGAUUCAGAGACAACUCAUGACCGCACACGGGCACUCGCCUGAUUCACGAGACGAUACGGCCCAACCAGAACUCACUUUGCCACCGGCACUCAACCCGCUCUUCUUGUCUGGCACGCCGACAGCCCUUGAUAUCGCGGCAGCUGGACGCUGUAUUGAUGCGCUCGGUGAUUUGGUGUUUGCUGGACCGAUGCGAAUCUCCCCUUCGCUUGGUGCAUCCGCCGCGCACCACAACAAGUCUUUCCGGCUUCCUUCCGCUCAAGACGAGCGCAGCACUGUGCGUGACAUGCGCGCUUUUGAGAUGCUGAUGGCCCUCUUCUCAACAGCGACUUUCCAACCCGUUGGUGGUCACCUCCUCACCGCCAUCUACCGCGUCUUGUCGGCCGACUUGGUCAACUACUUUAUCGUCGAGGCGCACCACCCGGUCGUCAUCAUGCUCCAGCGAUCGCCAGUGCUCGACGUCGAGUCCAUCGAGCGCAUUUUUAGCAUCCUCGACUAUGUCGUGUUUAGUCUGGGGUUUGUGCCAUUCCGUGAGCUGCAGGAACUCGGGUAUCUGAUUGAAAAACUCGGAUCGCAUCCUUUGUCUGGGCGCAUCCUCCAGAUGGUGCACAAGUUCCUCUUGUUUGACGACAAGUUCAAGCGCAUCUUUUGUGAGGCAGAGCUCAUUGACAAGCUCAUCGUUCUGGUCCAGGACAACCUGAAACUGCACAAGCUCCAACUUGGCUCCCAGCAGGGCAUGACGCUCGAGCUCCUGCCGCCCCAAACGUCGACUCUCGAUGUGGCUUUGUCGGUGCAAGUCCCUCCUUCUCCUCUUCCUCCUCCUCCUCCUUCACUCACGGCCGCCGCCCUGGCCGAGACGAGUGCCGACAUGAGCGGCUUCCUUCGCCACAUUGCGAGCGUGCUGCGGCUGAUGCUGACCAACAAGGACAAUGUUGUCGUCUUCAGAAAGCUUGGUGGCACGGCUGCCCUUCACGAAAUGCUCACCUUGGAUGACUUGCGCUCACACGCACUGCGUCUGAUUGUCAAACUCAUCGAGGAGGAUAGCACACAGGGUCACGGCGAUUUGCGCCAUAUUCUGGAACUCUUCCAGAACGCCCCGAUGGACCGAAUCGACCUCAAACUCGACCUUCUUGGUGCGCUCAUUGAAGUCAUGCUGUCGAGCAGUCUCGCUCAGACCACCUUCCGCGAAGUUGGCGGUUUUCUUUCAAUGAUGUCGGUGCUAUUAGCGCUCGACUCUGCUUCUCGCAACAGCGCCGCCACCAGCCGCACUCCUACUACAGCAUCCCCCGAUCCCGCAUCUGCCUUGGCAGUCGAGGCCGCGCCCGAUGCAUCGCCACAGGAAGUCACAGAGAUUGCGACAAUCAGUGGCCAGACUGUGCUUCGCCGUCCUGGUCUUCCCGCGCCGCUGCUCCUGUUGCUUCGCACCGUCCUUCAGACGCUCACUGCGGCCAUGCGCAACCAUCUGUAUAACAAGGCUUGCUUCCGAACGCAAGUCGGGUUUGACUCGUUGCACGACACGUUGCUCAUGCUCCGGCUGCUGUCGUCCGAGAGCGCCGUCGAUCUGUUUGAGAUGCUCUUUGAUUUCGCCACGGACGAAAUCCCUCUCCGAGAGCCAUCGAUUGACGCCCAACAAGCUCGCAAACAGAGGGCAACCUCCACGUCUGCUGCAAUUCUCUUGCAGCACGGACCCGGCUCUGCGCUGAAUGUCUCGGCCGCUCCCGAGGUUGUUCCGACAUCCCCAGCCGCGUUGACUCCUACAACAACGACAGCGGCAGAGGCUGCCCAAGCUCCAGCAGCAGCAGCAGCAGCAGCAGCAGCAGCAGCAGCAGCGGCCGAGCCAUGCUCUGCUCCCUUCAUUGCGCAACAACUUCAGGCCCUGCCAGCCCUCGCUCAUCGCACCAUUUUCAACCCCGAAGCUGUCGUCCUCGUUGUGCGACUCUUGGGCGCGUCGCCCGAUGCGCUCCGAUCUGAAAUGCUGGCCCGCCUCGCCGACUUGUUUGCCGGGGACCGCAAUCGAGAGAUUGUGGCCGAGGCCGGCAUUUUGCAAGAGUUUAUGGCCGUGUAUGGCGAACAGCUGCAGGACGAUGCCGACCCGCUGCAUUCGGCCGUGACGCGACUGUUUGUAGGCAUCGGCUCCAAACGAUUGUCAAACGAAGAGUUGCGCCAUUUUUUGAAUUUGUGCCUCACCGGUCGAGCCAAGGCUGCUGCACUUCUUGCGCAGUACCCGCUCGAUGGCUCCGCUGGCAACGCGGUCCCGACAGUCAACAACACUGCGUCAGCCUCCGUCAUUGUCACCUCGUCCAUCACGGGGAGCACCGUGCAGACAGUGACGGACGCGGCACGAAACACCCAAAUCAUUUCUGCGUCCCAACUCGCCGCCCUCGAAUCGAUGGCUGCGGCAACCCCGCCAUCCGCCUUCACGGAGUUUGACAUGACGACAGAUGGACAUGCUUGCUUGAUGACCAGUCACUUUGCGGAGCGGUCGUGGCCGCCGUCGAACGGCUUCACCUAUGCCGCUUGGGUUUGCGUCGAUGACUUUGGUGACGCCGACAACCACCCCGUGCGCCUGUUCUCCAUCAUGUAUGGCGCCAACUGCGUCGCAUCAGCAUACAUUAGCUCGGUGGACAAACUCCUGUACUUGCAAAUCUCCGGGACGGUAGUCCGAUUCGAUGCCUACCCUUUUCUUCCAGUCGGCGUGUGGCAUCACGUCGCCGUUGUGCUUCAGCGCCAUCGCUUGAAAGGCACGACUGCGUUGAUUUAUGUGGACGGCAAUCAGGUUGGCACGUCAAAGAUUUCCUAUCUUCCAAGCGUUCCGUCGUCGUCGUCUAGUGCCUCGUCCGCGGCUGCUGGCAAUGGCGGCACUGCGACUGGCGAAUCGGUUGUGACGGCGUGCUUUGGUACCCUGCAUGCAGACCGCUUGCGGUCGUCCCAGCGCUGGAAGCUGGGCCAAACGUACAUGUUUGACGACGGUCUGCCUCACGCCACCUUGGCAGUCAUGUUCUUGCUGGGACCUGCCUAUGUGGGCAACUUCCAAGGCAAUCUGCGGUCGUUCCACACGCACGACAUGAUUGUCCUUGGUCCUGUCAAUCCUUCGUCAUUCCAUUUGCAAUCUGGGUCUUCGGGUGCUGCAACAGCAGCAGCAACAGCAGCAACAGUAGCAGCGCCAGGCCUUCCCCACCAACAAUCGUCGUUGCAAUCUCAAGGCAGCAUGGCCGAGUAUGUCGUCAUGUCGCCGUCGGCGUUGCUUUCCCCAAGUGCUGCGAAUGGCAACCCUUCGUUCUCGUUCGAGUCUCAGACGCCACUCGUGACCCUGAGCCUCACAAACUCUCUUGUGGCGGCGCGAGGAGCGAUUGAUCGGGAGCGAAUUGUAGGCGUCGAAGCCGAGGAAGCUGCGACGGGAGCGAGCAUUAACGCCAGCGCGUCGGGUGUCUCGACGAACGCAUCGGGUGCUGGUUCGGGUGCACCCACGAGCGGAGCCGGCUCGGGCACUGGCAGCAGCGCUGGCGAACACGACUACUCGGAGCGCGCAGUGCACGCGGCGGGCUUGGCCGAGGCAGCUGCGAAUGGCCUCGACUUUAACAUUGCUCACGUCUCGACUCCUCUGGUCUCAAGCGAGCGAAUUUUGCUCGCCAUCAACCCGCGCAACACGGCCAGUUUGUCUGGCGACGAAAAGUACUACUAUUACCAGCACGCACAGCACUUGCCGCACCUCCGAGAAACAUGCGAAACGGACGCGAAUGCACCCCUGCCGGUUUUGUUGAAUGCGGCCAAGCUCGGUACUGUGCAGCCGUUUGUUGUCUUCCUCUCCGGUCGUGCUCGCGCUUUCGGCCCAGUAGGGGUCGCCAAUGUGCUGCGACAAAUUGGUGGCAUCUCUGUCGUUCUUCGUCUGAUUGAGAGUUCGUCCACCACCGACAUGCUCUGCCAUGCUCUCGGCCUCUUGAUUGCAUCGCUGCGACACAAUCCCGCCAAUACAUCCGACAUGGACGCGACGGAUGGCUACCGCGUUCUUGCCAUGAUGCUCAAGGCCAAGACGAGCCUCAUCAACAAGGACGUGCUCCAGCUCUUGUUCAUGCUGGUCGGCAAGCUGCAAGAUCGCAAUACCUCCAUUAUUGCCAACACGGCUGCUUGUUUCCAUCUCAUUCUCGACUUUGAUCUGUGGCGCGGCACCGGUCUGCAAGUUCAAAAGCAGCUGUUCCAGUACUUGUAUGACCUUGUGCGUCAUAGCCGGAAUCGGGCGCAUAAUUUGAUGCGGCUUCGAACUAUUUCUGCCGUGCGGAAAAUGCUCGAGCUACUCCGAGACGAUACUCUGCCCAAGGAUAUCGUUCGUGAAGUGGUGGAUGUGCUUGCCGCUGUGAUGGAGUUUGAGCUGGUGGAGUCGGAUCUUGCCAAUUUUGGCGACUUCCUCGUCACCACGCUCAACCCGGACAGCGAUCAAGGAGAUUCGUCCGUCCUCGCAUUAGCCUUGUCGGCGCUUCCAGUGCACACCACAAGUACUGGUGUCACGUACCGCAAACGAAAUCACACUGCCAACUUCCUGCUGGUGGAUGUCGAUUACACAACCCCGAGCGUAGCCCCCACAAGCGACGCGAGUGGAGCUGGAGCUGCAGCUGCAGCUGCUUCUACCGCUGCCACCGCCGCUGGGACCACGGCGGCGGGAAGCUCUGCUCCAAGCAUCAACAGUGCAGCCAUCGGAGCCGUGUCGCGCAAGAUUUUCAUUCGCAAUCUGCUGCUCAACGUGCUACUCAACCUGCUGGGGGAGGCUCGAGCGCGAGAGACAUAUGCUCGCGUGCUUGGUGCCAACUGGAUGAUGAUGUUCGUCUCCAAGACCCUACACUCCAGCACUGUUGUCGUAGCGCUUCGUAUCGUCGCCACCGUGUUGUUGGACCGUCACGGGCCCAUCUUGACGCGCUUCCGCUCCAACAUCCACGGCUUUGAGCUGCUUUCGGAUGUUCUUCCUUGGCAUGCCUCGUACGACCAAAUCUACUACUUGUUGAUCGCCCUGCUCUUGGGCAGAAGCGUCACGGACAUUCCGUUUGGCGCCACGUUCAACUUUACCACGUUGUUCAACCUGUUCCCGCUUCGUACGGGCGAUCCUUUGCCUCUGUUCUGUCCCGAAGCGGCGACCGUCCUGCUCGUGUUGGCCAAGGCGCUCUACGGUUAUCAUACUCGAACUGUUCUGGUGGACGCCCUAUCUCUGCAGCAGCAGCAGCAGCAGCAGCAGCAAGCACCCCCUUCUGUGGAUGCCGAGGCUGCUACCGACUCGGCUGCCGCGCGCUCUGCCUCAGCUUCCCCGUUGCCGACCGUGGGUAAACCUGCCUUGGAUCCUGUUGACGAAUGGGCUUCGACGUUCUCAGACACCAUCUUCCGCUUUUUCGGUGUGCUCUUUGCCCGAUCGGCUGCCUUCUCGGAAUGGUGCCAACGAUCCGAAAUGAUCAAGGAUGUGAUUGAUGUCCUCUUCCCGGCAUUGGACAAUCCGAUUGUUCGGUCGAGCUACCUGCGGCCUGCUGCACUCUCCACCAUGCCGUCCGCUUCGACCGCGGCAGCGCUCUUGUCCCCAGGACUGGCCACUCCGGGAGCCACUCUUCCUCGUCGUACGUCGUCCGUAUCGGGCGAGUCGCCCAGUACCCCGCGGAUUCGCACCCGCGCGACUGUUUGGAACAAGGCUGCCGAGCCCAAUGCCUCGUCCUCGGAUGAUUCGCCGGUCGCCGCCGCCCGCAGUGUGAGCCCCGCGAACGGUCUGAUGAGCCCACAAUCCACGGUCGAUCAGUCCUGGGAACCAGUGGAUGCGACCUCUGUGGAUGCGGAUGCCGCCGCAGCCGAGUUGUUGAUGCAACAAAACACCCUGGCGGGCGUGGAUAUUGUCCAGCAUGCCAUGGGCGCGCAUCCCUCGGCGCCGCACGUGUUUACGCUCUUGCGAGCAAUCGCCUUUGACGCUCUCUCGCAAACAGCUCGCGGAAUGGCAACCGUCGAGUUGGUGAUUGAGGCAUGUCCUCCGACGUCGCCUGUGCGCUUUUCCACCUACCAGACGCUGUUGCUCAACGGCCUGAUGAGGAACAUUCUGGAUCAAACUGUCCUUCGCCAAGCCUUGACGACCAAUGUCAAAAUGCUCGGCAGUCUGGCGUUGUUUGCAGACUUUGUCCUGAACAAGAAGCAACAGCAAACGCUCAACAGCCCGCUGACCUACGUGUACAUGUUCUCUCUGCGAGUGUUGCACAUGGUGCUGUUUGAUCGCGCCAUUGCUGGCUUGCACUCGAUCAAUGCCACUCACGUGGACGAUUUGUUUGCCACGUUGGACCGUGCCACGCUGCUCUUGCUGCAAAACUCGGUCACAAACGUUGCGGCACCGAGCGUGAGCAUGAGCGUGUCUGCAGCUGGGAAAGAGGGUGAGCAGUCCGCAGAUGCUCCUCCAGUCUCUGCUGCGGCCGUGUCCCCCAGCGCGAGCCCGGCCGGCCAGCCAGCAUCCCUCACUGUGGAUAUCCUCGAACGCAUCCUUCACGACCAGCAAGUGGUCCUUCACGAGCGCAAUUCGAGUCCCCUGUUUGUUGUGCCGCUUCUGCACCUCCUCAUCCGCUAUUCGCGCGAGCUCAACGCCCCGCUCAACAAGCUCGCCCUGAGCGUGUGGAAGCUCCUGCGAAACCAAAGCGCAUGUAUUGAGGAGGUGGUGCGCAGCAAGUCGGGCCGCCCCACCAACAUUAUCGAGCUCUACAACAUUCGGCUCGACGAGCAGCUCGAGUCCAAUCUUCGCACCAUCCAGCAAAUUUCAGCGUUAGAGUACGGCAUUCUCCCGUCGACUGCGCCACCGUGCACAGUGCUCAGUGACGAGGAAGUGAUUCUUGAAGAGGCCUCAGGCCGUGCAUUCCGGAGCUUUGAGGCGGCUGAAACCAAGCUUGUCCUUGAUUUUGGCCAGGCGCGCAUGAGAACCAGAACCGCGCUGCUGCAGCGCUUUUACAAACUCAUCCAUGCGCAUGAGGCGCAUGUGCGCGAGUUUGCCGAAAAGGCCAGCAAGCUGACGGAUGAAGUGCAUCAGAACGACCUGAUUUAUGGAAUCAAGUUGCGGCAGAAUGCCCGAGACGUUCGCCAGUACAUUCUUGAUCGCUGGGCGGGCUUGAAUGCCGACUUGUUCCGCGAGCGAGGCCUUUGGGGUUCGUCCGCCCCUCUGUCGCUCGACAAGUGGUUGCUGGACUCGACCGAAGGACCCAACCGCAUGUGCAAGCGUCUGCAGCGCAACCACGAGUUUUUCCGCCACUACCCGCAUUUGAUUCUUGCCCGAGAAGAUGCUGCCACUGGUGUGCUCGAAGAAGAUCGCCGACUCCCCAAGCCUGACCGUGUUGCUGUCAGCGCCGACUCGGAGGACUUUUACCGGACUGUCAUCCAGCCGCUGCAGACUGGCUCGCUUCCCUCGGACGAUGAUAAAAUCCUGGCCGAGCGUGCUGCUGAGCAGUCCGCGGCGGAAGCUGAUGCGUCUCAGCUGGCCGCGCGCAAUUCUGCCGCUUCACGAGUGUCUAGCAAUGUUUUUGCUGCCGGUGGAGAAGAAGAUCUGGGGGCGCACGUUGUGGACAGCGAGCCGUCAAGCCUGCCCUCCACUCCGACGACAGCACGGACGACCACGCCUGCGGCCACGACGUCGCCAACCCCUGCCGAUGGUGGUGGUGCUGCUGCUGCUGGUGGUGCUGCUGCCGGUAGUGGUGGUGCUGGCUUGGACGCGCCCUUGGGCGAGCGGGAUUUGUGGUUCCACCUGGACGACGAUUUCAACAUUGAUGACGAUCGUCACAUUAGUCAGCUGCUUGAACCGGGCGAUAAAAUUCAAUGGCGCUUCAACUGUGCUCGUGUCAAUGGCCUUGAUCCGAUCGAGGGAAUCCUGCUGUUCUGCACGUCCAACGUGUACCUGAUCGACGGCUUCUUUAUUGCCGACUCGGGCGAUGUGUUUGAGAUUUCCGCCGCGCCACACCUGCACAAGCCACUCUUGCCCAGCUUGGCGUCCAAGAAGUCUGACACCGACAACGCGCGCCAACUGUCCGUGUCGCAAAUGGUCGUCGGCGAUAAUGCGCCGCAGCACCAUCCUUUCAUUCGCUGGCCGCACUCCAGCAUCAAGGAGGUCCACAAGCGACGCUAUCUCUUGCAGGAACUGGCGCUCGAGCUUUUCUCGACCGAUGGCCAAAACUACCUGGUUGCCUUCCGAAAGGGAGAGCGCGACAAGAUUUACUCGCGCUUGUCGUCCCUUGCUCAGGUGCACGGUCCUCCCGGCGCGGAGCUUUUCUUUGACCAGCAAGCCAUUCUGAGCUCGAUCUCGACAUCCAAUUCUGCGUCGGUUUCCAAGGCGUCGGCGACAUCCAUGCUGACUGGCACUCUGCAAUCGUUCAUGAGCGGCAUGACUGGCGAUCGCACCUCGGCCUCCGUCACGCAACGCUGGGAACGGGGAGAAAUGAGCAACUUCCAGUACCUCAUGUACCUCAACACGGUUGCCGGUCGCUCUUACAACGAUUUGACGCAGUAUCCCGUCUUCCCGUGGAUUUUGCGCGAGUACGACACGGAGACGUUGGAUUUGAACGACCCUGCAGUCUUCCGUGACCUCUCCAAGCCGAUGGGCGCCCAGACACCAGCGCGAGCGGGCGAGUUCCAGCAGCGUCUGCUGACUUGGGACGAUCCGUCUGGCGAAACCCCUGCCUUCCACUUUGGCACGCACUACUCGUCGGCAAUGAUUGUUGCAUCGUAUCUCAUUCGCAUGGAGCCCUUCACGCAGCACUUUUUGCAGCUUCAAGGCGGCCAUUUUGAUCACCCCGAUCGGCUGUUCCACUCUGUGAAGGACGCCUGGCUCUCCGCAUCCGAGACCAGCAUGGCCGAUGUGCGCGAGCUCAUUCCAGAGUUCUUCUACCUGCCCGAGUUCUUGCAGAAUCAAAAUCGGUUUGUGCUUGGCACAAAGAACAAUGGCGCCGAGGUCAACCACGUUGUCCUACCUCGCUGGGCGAAAGGCGAUGCGCACGAGUUUAUCCGGCUUCAUCGCGAGGCGCUCGAGAGUGACUAUGUCUCGAACAACCUGCACCAUUGGAUUGAUCUUGUGUUUGGCUACAAGCAGCAAGGCGAGGCCGCCGCUGAAGCCAUCAACGUCUUCCAUCACCUCUCCUACGAAGGGGCGGUGGACAUUGACAAGAUUGACGACCCCGUCCAGCGAAAGGCGACCAUCGGCAUCAUCAACAACUUUGGCCAGACCCCGAGGCAACUCUUCCGAAAGGCUCAUCCCAAGCGCUCGGCAGCGCUGGGAAUCAACAAGGCGUGCACUGUCUUCACCCAUCCCGACAAUCUUCAGAUGACCUCGGAUCCCGUGAAAGAAAUUCGCGAGCCCAUUGGAGAGGUAUUGUCCGUUGAUGACAAGUGCGUGGUUAUUGGCGCGAAUAAGGCUUUCGUUCCUCCAAAUCUGGCCAAGUACGCCUUCUGGGGCAACCCAGACAUUUCGUUGCGCUUUGCCUCGACAGAUACUGGCAAGAUUUCGUCCGUGCACGAGCUGAUGCACGCUGGCCAAAUCACGACGCUCGCGUUUAUUGAUUCUGUUCAAAUGGUCACCGGAGGCACUGAUACCGUCGUCGCGGUCUGGAGCAUGAUCAAAUUGCCAAACAAGUCCAUCGGGAUGCGUCUCGAGAAGCGAUUGUUUGGACAUCGAGCGCCAAUCACGUGCGUUGCUGUUUCUCGGGCGUACAAUGUGAUUGUGACUGGUGCAAAGGACAAGAGCUGCAUUGUCUGGGACCUCAACCGGCGCGAAUACGUCCGUCAGUUGUUGGGCCAUCCGCACCAGGUCGUCUGUUUGACCGUCAAUCAACAAUCGGGUGACAUUAUUACUUGCGCCGGCACCUUCCUCUACUAUUGGAGCAUCAACGGCCGGCUCCUGGCACGCCAGGACACGUCUCGCAAUACGGGCAUCACUAUCAGCAGUGUUGCCAUGACAGAGGGUGCCGAAUGGCACAACCAGAAUUGCAUCAUCACUGGUCACACGGACGGCUCCAUCAAGCUUUGGAGCUGCACGUUUGCGGCGUCCUCAGACUCGACUGGGCGCUACGAACUUGUGCUGCGCGCCUCGUUCACUCUACCCGAGCUCGAGCCUGAAACCAGCGUCACUGUGACAUCCAUUGGAAUCUCUCGGGAUCAAUCGAAGGUCUAUGUCGGAGAUAGUGCAGGCAGGCUGUACUCGUUGGCACUGCCUGGAAGCUCUGAUGCGAUGACGGAUCAUUGGGUUCGCGACGACAUGGCAAGCAACUGCAACCACUGUUCAGUCAAGUUUUCCAUCACCGAGCGUCGGCACCAUUGCCGUAACUGCGGCCAAAUCUUUUGUGCCAAGUGCAGCAAAAACUCGCUCGUCCUGCCCCGGCUGAAGAUUUUCCAGCCAGUCCGAGUGUGCGAACCAUGCUUCACCGCGCUUGCCGAUCAGCGAACGUGAGCGAGUGAGAGUGCUGCUGCCUUUUUUGAUAUUUGUGUUUAGAUGGGUGUGUUUGAAGUUCUUUUGGUUUUUUAAAAAAUUCUAUGGAUGUGUGUCGUUAUUCACAAAGUUGUGCACAGCCACCAAUGGCUGUCAAAAAAAAAUGUAACUCGUUUAAUUUCGAC